AUGAGGCGCGACAAUGGCGCCAGCCGGGACUCCUGGGCCUCGUCGCGGGGUGCCAGGGCCGGCGGCGGCGCGUACAGGGAGCCAGGGCCUCGCCAACGGAGCCGGACUCCCGAGCGCAACGGCGCGCGGCCCUGGUCCCAGGGCAGCCCGCGCAUGGGGGGCGACAGGCGGCGCAGCAGGAGCCCGCCGCAUCGGCCAAGGGAUGAGGAGCAGGAGGCGGACGCCGAGGAGGAGGCCCGUAUCGCGGCCCAGCUGAGUGUGGCCAUGGGCGCCGCGGACCCCUCUGACGACGAGGAGGCGGUGCUGGGGAGCAUCAUGAAGGAGGGCGACGACCUCGUCCUGUUCCGCAGCGACGAGGACGGGGAUGCACGACUUGACGACAGCAAGCUGGCCCGCCCCGCCUCCGCCUCCGGCAUCGGGGAGGCCCACGACACCGAGCUGGAAAGGAGGCUCAGCGCCCACGAGGUGAUCCGCUCCAACGAGACCAUGUACAAGGCGGGUCAGAUGGAAAAGGUCAUCCUGCGCAAGCUGGCGGAGGCAGACCCGGCGGGCAAGCGCCACUGCGUGCGCCUGCUCGGCUCCUUUGACUACCGCAGCCACCUCUGCCUCGUGUUCGAGUCUCUGGACAUGAACCUGCGGGAGCUGACCAAGCGGUACGGGCGAGGCAUUGGGCUCAGCCUGGGGGCGGUCCGCCUCUAUGCCCAUCAGAUGCUGGUGGGGCUGUACCACCUGCAGGCCUGCGGCGUGCUCCAUGCCGACAUCAAGCCGGACAACAUCCUGGUGAACGCAAAGCGGACACAGGUCAAGCUGUGCGACUUUGGGUCGGCGAUGUUCUCUGGGGACAAUGAGAUUACGCCCUAUUUGGUCUCCCGCUUCUACCGAGCCCCUGAAGUCAUCUUGGGCCUGCCUUACGACCACCCCAUGGACAUGUGGGGGGUGGGCUGCGUCAUCUUCGAGCUCUUCACGGGGCGCAUCCUGUUCCCCGGCAAGACCAACAACGAGAUGCUGAAGCUGAUGAUGGACGUCAAGGGGCCCUUCCCCAAGAAGAUGCUGCGCAAGGCGGAGUUUGCCUACAAGCACUUUGAGUCGGACGCCAACAUGUCCUUCACGCUCAUGGAGGAGGACCCCGUCACCAAGCGACCCACGCGGCGCCUGAUCCCCAACCCGACGGUGAAGGCCGACGUGGCAGCGCUGCUGGCCGGCCAGUCCCCCGACCGCAAGAAGCUGGCGCAGCUGGUGGACCUGCUGGACCGCAUGCUGGCGCUGGACCCCGACAAACGCAUCGGGCCCAAAGAGGCGCUGCGGCACCCCUUCAUCAAGGAGCCGCUGUCUGCCCCGCAAGCCUGA